GAGAGCAGUGAUGUAACACCGACGGGAUAUAUAUAUUCUAGGACCGAUUAUUCCAAGACGUAAGUUACAGCGAUGAUGCUGAUCGUGACAUUGUUGGCUGUAUUCUCGGUGGCAGCGGCCGACAGUCCCCACAAGGAUCCGCAUUAUGUGCCUGGUCAUGACACCAUGGUGCAUCUUUUCGAGUGGAAGUGGAACGACAUUGCCAAGGAGUGCGAAGACUUCCUUGGACCUAUGGGGUACGGCGGAGUUCAGGUGUCGCCCAUCCAAGAAAACGUGAUAGUCGCAGGAAGGCCAUGGUGGGAACGCUACCAACCGAUUUCCUACUUCUGGACAACUAGAUCUGGCACGAAGCAAGAGUUCGCCGAUAUGGUGACCAGAUGCACCGCAGCUGGAGUUCGAAUCUACGUCGACAUAGUUGCAAAUCACAUGACUGGUAACCAUGACAGCGCAACAGGCACUGGUAAUUCCAAAGCAGACACAUACACACGCAACUACUACGCAGUGCCGUACAGUAACAAAGAUUUUCAUCGUAAUUGCGCGAUCAGUAAUUACAACGACGCGUCGAACGUGCGAAACUGCGAAUUGGAAGGGCUCCAUGAUCUAAACCAAGGGUCGGAAUACGUUAGAGGGAAAAUCGUGGACAUGAUGAAUGAGGCGAUCGACUUAGGAGUUGCUGGAUUCCGCAUGGACGCUUCGAAGCAUAUGUGGCCAGCAGAUUUGAACGUAAUUUACUCUAGAUUGAAGAAUCUCAAUAUAGAACACGGCUUCCCGCCGAACGCACGACCGUUUGUAUUCCAAGAAGUAAUAGACUAUGGGAACCACGAAGCAGUAUCAAAAUUCGAAUACAACGACAUAGCUGUAGUGACGGAGUUCCAACAUGGCGCGGAACUGAGCAAUUCUUUCCGUGGCAACAAUUUUUUGAAAUGGUUCUCUAAUUGGGGAGAGAAAUGGAAUCUUCUUCCAUCGCAAGAUGCUCUCGUUUUUAUUGAUAAUCACGACACUCAACGCUCCAACUCAGUGAACGUACUCACUUACAAAUCAUCCAAAUUGUAUAAGAUGGCAGUGGGUUUCAUGUUAGCCCAAGAUUACGGUAUCCCACGAGUGAUGAGUUCCUUCGAUUUUAAUGACUUCAAUCAAGGUCCGCCAAUGGACAGCCAGGAACGCAUUGUUUCCCCCAUAAUUCACCCUGACAAUACCUGCAGCGGCGGGUGGAUCUGCGAGCACCGUUGGCGUCAGAUUUACAACAUGGUGCGUUUCCGCAACGCUGCGAAUGGAACGAAGGUAACCAAUUGGUGGGACAACGGUAGCAAUCAGAUCGUCUUCUGUCGGGGCGACGCAGGAUUCGUAGCGUUCAACGGUGAUCAAUACGAUAUGAAUAUAACCGUCAAGAGCUGUUUACCACCUGGCACGUAUUGCGACGUGGUUUCUGGGAAUAUGGAAAACGGAAAAUGCACUGGGAAAGUGGUCACCGUGCAGAGGGACGGCAACGUUCGCGUUGAGAUAUCGAAAAGGGAAGACGAUGGAUUUCUUGCGAUUCAUAGAAAUGCGAAAGUUGCUUGAAGAGGAAGCUUAAUGAACGGACCAAAAUAAAGGAAGCUUGAUGCAAACACUGUAUAUUUACAUUGCUUCAAAAAUGAUUUCAAUCAGUAUUUACUCAUAUACUUUUCAUUCAGAAAAUGCGCUUUGAUAAUGUUAAUUACUAACCAUAAGUUUACAUAAUAAAGAAGUAAUCUUUACCAAAAAUAUGGAUCAUUGAAUUUA